CGCGAGCUCGUCGUCGCAGGGCUCGGCGGCGGCGGACGGAGAGGGACCGCUGCUGCUCAAGAGGCAGAAGCGGCCGGCGGCGCGGCGCUCGCUGGUGCGCUACCUGAAGGGCCGCGAGGUGGGCGCGCGGGGCCGCGCCGGGCUCCCGGGCUUCGAGGGCGAGCUGCGCGGCUACGCGGUGCGGAAGCUGCCCGAGCUGCUGCGGGAGCGCGAGCUGGCCCUGGGCACCCUCAACAAGGUGUUCGCGUCGCAGUGGCUGAACGCCAGGCAGGUGGUGUGCGGCACCAAGUGCAACACGCUCUUCGUGGUGGACGUGCAGUCGGGCCAGAUCACGCGCCUCCCCCUGAUGCGCGACCGGGGGCCCGGGCUGGCCCGGGCCCAGCCGAGCUGCGGCAUCCACGCCAUCGAGCUGAAUCCCUCCAAGACGCUUCUGGCCACCGGGGGCGAGAACCCCAACAGCCUGGCUGUCUACCAGCUGCCCACCCUGGACCCCGUGUGCCUGGGCGACCGCCAUGGCCACAAGGACUGGAUCUUCGCCAUCGCCUGGAUGAGUGACACAGUGGCUGUGAGCGGCUCCCGCGACGGCACCGUGGCGCUGUGGCGGAUGGACCCGGACAUGUUCAACGGCAGCAUCGCCUGGCACAACGACGCAGGGCUCCCCCUAUAUGCCCACAUCCGUCCGAGGGACUUGGAGACCAUCCCCAGGGCCAGCACCAACCCCAGUAACCGCAAGGUACGGGCCCUGGCCUUCAACCGCAAAAACCAGGAGCUGGGAGCGGUGUCCCUGGACGGCUACUUCCACCUGUGGAAAGCCCGGAGCACCCUGUCCAGGCUGCUGUCCAUCAGGCUGCCCUACUGCCGAGAGAACGUGUGCCUAACCUACUGCGACGAGUUGUCCCUGUACGCGGUGGGCUCCCAGUCCCACGUCUCCUUCCUGGAUCCGCGCCAGCGCCAGCAGAACAUCCGGCCCCUGUGCUCCCGAGAGGGCGGCACGGGCGUGCGCUCGCUGAGCUUCUACCAGCACCUCGUCACCGUGGGCACGGGCCACGGCUCCCUGCUCUUCUAUGACGUCCGCGCUCAGAAGUUCCUGGAAGAGAAGGCCUCGGCCAGCCCAGACUCCUCUCCUGGGCCCGCAGCGAGGAAGCUCAAGCUCACCUGUGGCAGAGGCUGGCUCAACCACGACGACCUGUGGGUGAACUACUUUGGCGGCAUGGGCGAGUUCCCCAACGCGCUCUACACUCACUGCUACAACUGGCCUGAGAUGAAGCUCUUCGUGGCUGGGGGGCCUCUCCCUUCAGGCCUGCACGGGAACUACGCAGGCCUGUGGAGCUAAGGAUGGCCGCCCUGUUCUCCAAGUGCCCAGAUUUACCUUCCAGUGCCCUCCCACUUUCCUUCUUCACGCUUGUGUUUGUGCUUUUAACUCAGUGUGGCUUUUGUCUUCCAAGUGGAAAGUGCACAGCUUACCUGUGCUUAGUUUUGGGCAGACAGAGAAAGAGAAAGAGAGAAAAAGUGGUCUUUUGGGCAAUCAAAACAUGGCUUUAAUAUUUAUCUGCACCUCCCCCAACACCACCAUCUUUUCUGCCUUCUUUUACAAAGAAUUUUGGCUGAUCCUUAAUUGUGUUUUCUCUUGAGUGAUUCACACAUGCUCUUUCUCUGGGUUGAUGUAGUCAUGGUUCCCACUACAAUUCAGUACUUUAGUUUUACCAGUAUUUCAACAGUAUGUUAAGGUCUUUUACACAUUUCUGAUGUAUGAUAUUUCGGGAAAACAUGUGCUAUAAAGUGUCUUUUGGCCUGGACUGAGGAACUACCUAUCAUAUAACAGGGCAGGUUUAUAGCCCUGCUCCAAUUAGAAAAUGCAUUUCAAGUUCUAGAUUGCUACCAUUUGGGGCGUGUUUCAUUUGGAUGUUGGAACUUAGUGUUGUUUGUAUAUUGUUGGUGCAUAAAAUACUUUAAAAAUAUGUUCUCUUAGUUAAGAAAUCUUACAAUGGUGUUCAUCCUAUUAAUCACAAUUUUGAUUAAUCAGUAAAAAUUUAGCAUCAAUACCCCAAGGCCCUCAGCCUUGUUGUUUAAAGCUGCUAUAUUAUGGCCUGCUUUCUUGGGUAGCAUUUAUGCUACAGAUUUUUGGAGCUAAUCAAAAGUGGCCUAUAUGUGGCAGGACAAUCAGGGAGGUACUUUUUGGGGUAAACAUUCCUUUAAAGUUCAGGUAACAUUAUCCAGGCAGCCAUUUACAGAGAAAGACUGGCUGUUGUGCUCAAUGUAGAUGGUGUUGACAAUUUUUUAUUGUAUACAUGGAUAAUUCUUUGAUCUGGAUUA